UCGCUCCACAGCGGUGAUCUCACCGCCGAGGACAGGAAAGGUGUCCGUGCAGAUGCCUGUUCAAAACACAGCAGAGGGCAAUAAAUGUUGUGAGGAAUCAUUUGAGUGUCCCGUUUCAAUCUGUAUCCUCCCCGGUGACGUAUUCAUGGAUGAACAGAAACGUAAGCGGCGUGAUCGUGAAAGGUGAUCGGCGGUGAUCGAUUCUGCCCAGGCCCGGUUUCAGCUCCGCCGAGCCUGCAGUUUAUUUUAAAGAAGAGAGCAAAGACACGGACACCAUCAUGAAUGAGGUGGAUUAUCUCCAUCAGCUGAAUGCCGACAGUCUGGCUGAGGAGAAGCCCGAGAUUAAACGGCAGCAGGAUGCUGAAACGAGCCAAAGCGCCGUGUUACCUGAAGAUGUCCGGCAGCUGCUGGUGAUUAAAGAAGUUCCUCAAGAUUGGAGCCCCAGGCGGGACCUGCAAGCCGCCGAGUUCCUCCACAUAAAGCAGGAGCAGGAGGAACCCUGGAGCAGUGAGGAGGGACAGCAGAUCAAUAGGUUGGAGGAGGCAGAUCUCAGCAGGUUACCGUUCACUAUUGUUACUGUGAAGACUGAAGAUGAUGACGAUGAAGAGAAGCCUCAGUGCUCAUAUCGUCAUCAAAGCCAAACAGAAGAAUCCACACAGACAGAGCCGCCUAUCGGCUGCUUAGCUAAACAGAUCAAGACGGAAAUUGAGGAAGAUGCAUAUGGACGACUGGAAUCAGUCUGGAGCCCAGAUCUAAAUUGUCAUUUAUUAGUAAAUAAUAAGAAAAAGACUUUAGACUCUUCCGAGACUGAAGUCAGUUAUGAAGAUGAGGAGGAGGAGGAGGAUGUUUGGCAGGAACCUCUGUCAGAUUCUGGACCUGAAACUGAAGUGGGUGGUAUAGCGUGGAAGGAGAGUGUUGCAACUGAGCCUCAGUUUGUCAGUGAUGUUUGCGUUAAAACAUUUACACAACCGGAAUCUCAGAAGCGACAACGCCGAGGAGAGAAAUCACUGGCUUGUGCUGUUUGCGGUAAAACCUUCAGCUGCAAUACACAUCUUAAGAGACACAUGACCGUCCACACGGGAGAGAAACCCUUUAGCUGUGAAGCUUGUGGAAAAAGAUUUGGACUUGAGUUUACUCUUAAAACGCACAUGAGAGUCCACACAGGAGAGAAGCCAUUUGGUUGUGAAGACUGUGGAAAAACAUUUAGUCGUAACACUCAUCUUAAGAAUCACAUGCGAGUACACACACAGGAGAAACCAUUUAGUUGUGAUUCUUGUGGAAAGACAUUUAAAUUUAAGUAUAGUUUUAAAGUACACAUGAGGGUCCACACAGGCGAGAGACCUUUUGGCUGUAGUGUUUGUGGUAAAGGGUUUACAGAACAUGAAGGUCUGAAAAGACACAUGAGAAUCCACACAGGGGAGAAACCAUUUGGUUGUGAUAUAUGUGGGAAAAGAUUUGGACACCAGAAUGCUCUUAAAAGACACACCAGCGUCCACACAGGUGAGAAACCGUUUGGAUGCGAUAUAUGUGGAAAACGAUUUAACCGCAGCACACGAUUUAAGGAGCACUUAAGAGGCCACACAGGAGAGAAACUGUUCGGCUGUGACGAGUGUGGGAAAACAUUUAGUUCCAAUACACGACUUAAGAGACACAUGAGCAUCCACAGGAGAGACAAACAGUUUUUGUGUGGCGUUUGUGGUGAAAAAUGUUCAACAUCUGAACAGCUGAAGCAGCAUGAAAGUUCGCACAUGUUACUGCAGAUAGAUACUGUAACAAAGUGUGAAUACACGGCCAUCGAUCUUCUGACCGAGUCGCCUGGUUCAAUUCAAACGAGCUUACAGUUGAUUUUAAAGACGAGAACAAUGAAUGAAGCGGAUUAUCGUCAACGCAACGGCAUCGAGAGUCAGCCUUAUGAACGAAAGCCGCGGAUCAAACCGCAUCAGCUGCAGGAUGCUGAUCUCAACCAAACUACCGAGUUUCAUGCUGAUGUCCAACAGCUGUUGGUGAUUAAAGAAGAGGUUCCCCCAGAAUGGAGCCCCUCUGAUGACCAGUGGUCCCAAGAGCCCCUGCGCAUAAAGGAGGAGCGUGAGGAACUGUGCACCACUCAAACAGCAGAACACUUUAAAGGGCUGGAGGAUGCUGAUACCAGCAGGCUCCCGUUCACUGCUGCUCCUGUGAAGAGUGAAGAUGGUGAAGAGAAACCUAAUUCUUCAGAGCUUUACUGUCAUCAAACAAGUAAACAAAUAAAAACUGAGACUGAUGGAGACGACUGUGGAGGACCAGAAUCAGCCAGAAACCUUGAUACAAAAAGUACUUUACAACCUAAUGAAGUGGAAAAUGAUUCGGACUCCUCUGAGACUGAACUCAGUAACGAUGGUGAUGAAUGGCAGGGACCUUUGUCAGAUUUUAGACCUGAAACUGAAGACAGUGACAAGGACUGGGAGGCAAGCAGGUCACCUGAGUCAGGUGUAAAUUGUCACGUGAGAUGUGACACUACCAAAAAACCCUUUAGCUGCUCUGAGUGUGGAAAACGUUUUCUCCACAGGCAGUCUCUCCACAGACACAUGAGAAUCCACACUGGAGAGAAACCUUUUUGUUGUGCUGUUUGUGGCGAGAAAUUUAGCAGGAAGACACAUUUUAAGACGCACAUGAGAGUUCACACAGGCGAAAAACCCUUUGAUUGUGGUUUUUGUGGUAAAAGGUUCAGCCAGAAGUCAAAUUUUAAGGAACACUUACGAGUCCACACAGGAGAGACUCCAUUUGGCUGUGAUGCUUGUGGGAAAAGAUUUAGAGUUAAUUUUACUCUUAAAAGACACAUGCGAGUCCACACAGGAGAAAAACCGUUUGUUUGUGUUGACUGUGGCAAGACUUUCAGUUCCAAUACGCACCUUAAGACACACACGAGAGUCCACACGGGAGAGAAACCAUUUAGCUGUGGUGUUUGCGGCGAGAGAUUUGCACAGCAAGGGGUUCUGAAGAGUCACACACGAGUUCACACAGGAGAGAAGCCUUUCGGUUGUGGUCUGUGUGGAAAGAGAUUUAGACAGCAGAAUACUCUCAAGAGACACAUGAGCGUCCACACGGGAGAGAAGCCGUUCUCCUGUGGCGUCUGCGGCGAAAGAUAUACCAGACAGGGAAGUUUGAAGAGACACAUGAGUGUACACACAACUGCAGCUUCAACAACUGAAUCACAUGCCUGUCAUUUUGUGCCUGAACAUCUCGAACCUUUUGGGUUAUAGACACUUGACUUCUGUAGCUGUUUUCUGGCCUUUGAUGGACCGGGCGCCUUUCAGUCUGUCUCACUGAUUUUUGAUCGAAUGUAUAAACACUACAUGACAAUCUGUCUGCUGGCUGUGCUAAAUAUGAAGAACUAAUUCUACUGAACAGUAAUCUAAAGUUUUUAUUACACACUUCUCAUUACUAAUGCAUUAUAAAGUAAUACCGCACAAAACCUAAAAAAAAAAAAAGGACAUGCAGAAAUGAUUAUUUUUAGUAGAUAUUUUGAAGUAUUUGCCCAAAACAAUGAAAAGUAGGUGACUGACAGCCUGUAGAGCACUUCACAGAUGAUGUUCUUGUGACUAGUAUUUCUGAUUUGUAGUUUGCUCUUCAUGUGUAAAAUAUGCUGCUCUGUUGCCAGUAGACCUGUCUGUCUGUGCCUGGUGAUAUGCUGCAAACACUGCCCUCUAUAUGUAAAAGUCCUCGUAGCUAGACUGGGCUGACUUAUUGAUCCUGAUUGCAAAUGUUAGUUAAAUAAAUCCUGAAUAUGCUGAGUUUUUUUUCCUCAUAGUGCAGGCCUCUGGAAUUUCAGUCUUGUUGCUUCCUUCACAAUUAACUGUAUUAAAGAUGGAAUAAAAACUGUUUCUUCCA